CUUACGCAGGAACAGUGAGUGGAGAUCUUAUCCCCACCGUACCACGGCCAGAUACCCGAUCGUGCUUGGAUGGCGGGGUGAAACCCGAUCGUCUGAUGUGCUGCCCAAAACCUGGAGGAGUGACUUACCGGGACACGUUAAAAAUGUCUUCUUCCUCAAGCGAGGUCAUUUGCGCCGAUGAAAUCAAGAGGGAAAGCACAAGGGCACUGGAGAAUCGGGGGAGUGUCAAGCUGUCAGUGCUGGACCCUGCGGAGUUGUCUAUGGAGAAUGCAACUUCGGCCGCUGCUGGCGAUGCGGUCCGAGCCGAACUUUUGGAGUGCACCCCUUCGUCCCUGGCCUUCUCCCCCGAACAGGUAGCGUGCGUCUGCGAGGCUCUGCUGCAGGGAGGCAAUGUGGACCGCCUUGCCCGGUUCCUGUGGUCACUGCCGCAGAGUGACCUGCUGCGCGGCAACGAAAGCAUCCUGAAAGCCCAGGCGAUUGUGGCUUUCCACCAGGCUCGCUACCAGGAGCUGUACUGUAUUCUUGAGAACCACAACUUCAGUCCGUCCAACCACUCCUCGCUCCAGGACAUGUGGUACAAGGCGCGGUACACCGAAGCGGAGAAGGCGCGGGGUAGACCGCUGGGUGCCGUGGAUAAGUACCGAUUGCGCAGGAAAUAUCCUCUCCCAAGGACUAUCUGGGACGGGGAAGAGACGGUAUACUGCUUCAAAGAGAGGUCCAGGAAUGCGCUCAAGGAUAUGUAUAAGCGGAACCGGUACCCGUCUCCCGCCGAGAAGAGAAACCUCGCCAAAAUCACUGGGCUUUCUUUGACACAAGUGAGCAACUGGUUCAAAAACAGAAGGCAGAGAGACAGGAAUCCAUCUGAAGCGCAGUCGAAAAGCGAGUCUGAUGGUAAUCACAGCACAGAGGACGAGUCCAGCAAAGGUCAGGAGGAUCUGUCCCCUCGCCCGCUGUCCAGCAGCUCCACCGGGUCAGCUGCCCUGGGCAACGGCCCGCCCGUGAUCUUCUCGGACGUCGGCACCACUGUCAUCCAGCAAAUCGGCGAUGUCAAGAUGGCUGCCAACGCAGUGGGGGCGAUGGGCUUCGGGAACGACCUGUCAGGCGCCAACUCGCACUUCCUCAACGGUGGCGGUGGUGGAUACGUCCACUCGCAUGGCAACAACAUGCUGCUCAACGGUCUGGGCACAGGCGGGCACUUCUUGACCUUUGACUCCCAGAGGGCAAGCCUGGCGCGCCUGGCGCAGGAAAGGCUGCAGGGUGGCGGAGGCUCGUACGCCCCGUUCGCCCUGGGAUUGUCGGACGCGACGGGAGGAGCGGGGAAGCUGGAAGGCAUGCAAGCUCUGGUCGCCCACUCAGAGGACGGGGGCGCAUCGUCGGUGGUCACCUUCACGCAUUCGUCGUCGUCCUCCUCGUCCUCGACCUCCUCUACCUCUGGACUCGCACAGCUGGGCAGCUACAGUGUGGUUCACGUCCCCGGCACGGAGGCCGCCAUGGGCCUACCGCCACUGCUGCUCCCACCCUCCUCCACAGCGACCUCUCAUGGCUCGGCCCCACUAGGUAGUGUGGUCAGCGAUGGCUCCCAGCAGGCCAGUCCCCCCGUGCUGUACACCCUCACCCAGGCCGUCAAGCAGGAGCCCCUGGAGGUCGGCGCGGGGAACCCCGGCGGCUACUCCUACCAGACGGACAUGUCUCUGGACCAAACGGCCCACCUGGGCUACACCGCCUCUCUCUUCCUCUCCUCGAACAUGGCCGCCGCCACCGUAUCGUCCGCCCCUUCCUCUUCCUCGCCUUCGUCCUCCAUCGCCCUCAACCACGCCACCACCUCCGUCACCACCUCCGUCCUGUCGGGCGCCGAGGGCCUCGUUGGGCAGUCCCACUCCGGCCGCAUGGACAUGGGUGGCGUGGUGGUGCCCUCGGACUACAGGGACCACGGCGGCGCGCUGUCCCUCUCCGAGUCCCUGGAGGUGGCCACAGGGCCCGGGGCCGGGGCCGGCGCCGUGAGGGCCGUCUGCGGAGAGCUGGAGCUGGAGGGUAAAGAGCUGGCCAAGUUACAAACUGUUCAGAUGGACGAGGAUGGCAAUGACCUCUGACCCUCCCGCCCCCCACCCUCCAUGUUACCCUGGCAACCUGCCUCUCUCUCUCUCUUUCUCCCUCUCUCUUAGUAGCACAGUGGGUUUAGCAGGAGAGCCAUGGCACUCGGAGGUGAGUGUGUGUGUGUGUGGGGGGGCGUGUCAGGUCUCCCAGAGUGUGUCCUGUCUUCCUGCAACGCUCCCAGACAGCUCGAGGCGUCCAGACUCGUAGAGUCCAUCUCAUCCCAACUGUAGAACAAAAACAAAAAAUGUGAAAGAAGAAACCUAAAGUGUAGCAAAGAAAAUAAAACAAACAAACAAACAAACAAACAAAAACAACGUGGGACAAAACAAAAAAAAACUAAAACAAAAAACAGUGCCUUGUUGCCCGAACAAACGUGGUCCCAGUCAUCGCAACUCACCAGCCGACGACUGCAGAAUGUACCCGGGAGACGGUCUUUGACUUUGUGAACGUUAUUUCACGGCACAUUUUCCCACCCACACCGACGGGAGAGAGCCCAAGUGGCAGUGGGCCGAGGGUGGAGAUGAAACGUACAACUGGACAUUAAGCACAGUGUACAAACUUAAAAAAAAUGUGGUACUUGUGUGGCAUAAUGCUGUUGGAUCACUCUCUUUCUCACUUGUGAUAAAAGCGCAGAUAUGAUUGUUGUUUUGUUUUUGGUUGGUAUUUUUUUUAUUAUUCUUUUUUUUUGGAGUGCUGACGUUAAUGUGAAGACUAUGUCUUUUUUUUGUUAUUUUAAAAGCUACAAGGGCUUGUAUUUACAUUUGACUGUGACACAGGGUGAACUGAUCUACAUGCUGAUGCCUGGUUUUGAAAUCUCCCAUCAAACUGUCCUCAGCUCUCAAAUGUAACUGGUCUUAUGUGCCUUUGUCAUAGAGAUCGUUAGAAUCAUCAUAAGGUAAUAUAGUAGUUGACAAGACAAGGAUUUAAUAUGUUGUUUUGGGCAGAAUUUCAUACCCAAAGUUAAAUGAGAAUUGUCAAUGGUAGUACUUUUUAAACUGUGUGAACAAAAAAGUUUGGACAUUUCAGGUUGCUAAUAUGAAGGCACAUUAUUGCUUUAUAUGGACAGAGUAGCUCUGGGCCCUGUUUCUCAAUCAUAACGAAUCUUAGCAUGAGUGUUCUUUUUCUACGAAGUUUCGUUAAAUUUGACAUGUUUUUCCCAAACGCGCAUGCAGUACAAAUGCGCAUGCCCUGCUCCUGAACUACAACAACUACGGCGCUGUCCACGUAAACAGUGCUGAAACGUCAGCUAAUUCGGUUAGAUUAGAUGACGUCACAGCUGCCUUUUGAACUUCCUAGAACCCUUCAUUCUAAUUGACUUGAGAGCGAAUGAACUUUAACAUGUCUGACUGUAGAAUAAACCAUUUUUAUGGCACACGCACCCAAUUAAUGCUGACAAAAUGCAGUCCAAAGGUUAAUCCUUUAAAACAGUUUAAUUAUGCUCAUAGCCACAUGUGACGGCUCUGAAACACAUGUCUAUGUGCAUUUUUGAAGUACUGCGCAAGUUCAGAAGGUUUCGAGAAAUACUUGAAAAAUAUCGGAUAAUUCGUAAAGGGGAUUCUACAGACUACAUAGGCUUACGAUGUUAUUGGGAAACAGGGCCCUGUUUGUCUGUUAUUGUCUUUUACAGGCAAAUGUUAGCACAUGACAGUAUGCAAUGUAUAUGCAAUUAUUUUAAAGCUAUCACAAAUUCGUCCAAUUAUCUUGUACCAAAAAUGAGCUGGACAUUUUUUUAAAGAAAAAAAUGGCUUGAAAUAUGAGUUCAAUGUUUAGAAACGAUAAGAGCUUAUUUUUCUAAACCCAUCACCCCUAUUAAAUCUUUAUAUUUGUACAGAC